AUGCUGGCUGAUGCGCAGGAGGAAUUUGUGAUUUUGGAGAGCGGUGUGAGCUGUGGUGAGCGGGCGCUGAUUGGUGAAGUUGUCGAGAGGAAGCGAUGCAACCCUCGAGACAAUCACCAUUCCUUUUCUAUCCACACUUCGCGUCCGCCGCCCGUUCCUCCUCGCAGCGGAGCCCUGAUCAAGACCGCUGAGGCCGUCAGAGCGCUCAUCGACAAAGCGCGCUGUCAAGACACAAAGCUUCGAACCUCUGAGCCCCGUAUCCUCACCACCAUCCGUCUCGAAAUGGUCAAAAGCGCCGAGCCUCGACACGCGUAG